GUAUCCUGUGACCGACGUUCUUGCGACAUAAAGACCUACUGCGUCACUCUAAGUGAAAAACCAAGAGUAAAUUAAAGUUACAAACUAAAAUACAUUUCAUUGACAGUAAAAUCUUCAAAUAGUUUUUCGUCAUCAUCAAGAACCGCCAAUUAGAAGACACAUAAACGCCAGUAGGCAAUAAUAUACUUUGGAUAAAAUUGCGUCAGCUAAAUGACUAAAUGUAAAUGUAAAUAAACAACCGAUCCGCCAGGGGGCGCUAGAAUCAACACGUGUGGACUGACACGUCACACACACGAAGAAAAUAACUGAAAUUCACACAUGCGUCUAACGUAGUACGUUAGAAGCCACUGUGAAAGAUGAACGAAACACAACAUGUUACAGUCGAGGAAGAACAAAACAUUAUCGACAAUACCAGAAAACAGGUCACGCACAUCUUUCAAGUCAACUUCUUCGCUAUGUGUCUUUUAAAUACUUUUCCAUGGGAUUUACUAGACAGAGAACUUAAAAGCGCAAAGACUUCGGACGUCAUCUUAGAGAUUCUUGAUAAGACAUGUUUAAAUGCCGUUUGUCGCGAAAAUCCUCCCUCUCUGAAAUACAGGAGACUCUUCUUAAGAGAAUUGAUAAAAAGGCAUGAGAGGUUGGAAGCGGAGCCCCUGGAUGCAUUGUACGAAGCGCUGGGGGAGGUCAUGUGCGCGCAGGAGAGGGACACGUGCUACAAAACCUACCUAUUGCCAACAGGGGAUGCUGUUAGUUUAGCAGAGAACGUGGCAGUUAUCUCUGAGGGCACUACAGGUCUGGUUACAUGGGAUGCUGCUUUAUACAUGGCUGAAUGGGCUUUGGAAAACAACCACAUCUUCAAAAACAAGACUGUGCUUGAACUGGGCAGUGGGGUUGGACUCACUGGGAUUGUUGUGUGUCGAUCGUUGAGUCCAACCAAAUAUAUUUUCAGUGACUGCCAUCCGACUGUGCUUCAGCGGCUGAGGGACAAUGUCACAAACUGCUUAACCAACCAUCACUGCAACAGCGUGCCAGUGUGUGUGGAGCAACAGGACUGGCAAAACGUGACUGAUGAGCAGCUGCAAAGAAUUCAGGCUGACACCAUCAUUGCUGCAGAUGUGGUGUAUGAUCCUGAUAUUAUUAGCUGUUUGGUGAAAUUGUUGGCAAGGGUUUUCGACAUGUUUCAAGAAAGCCAUCCUGAUGUUUACAUUGCAUCCACUGUACGCAACCCCCAGACAUAUGACUGCUUCAAGACAGAAUUAGAAAAGGCUGGACUAAAACAUGACAUCAUUAAAGAUGCUGUCACUCAAGUAUUUCCAUACAACCGAGUCUCCACAAUAGAAAUGAUCAAAAUACGUGCAUAACAAAACCUUCAAUAUCUUUUUGUAUUAAAGUUUUUAUUUACAUA